AUGCAGUCAAGCAGAGAGUCCCAAGAUUGGUUGAACUUCAUUAGCAACUAUAAGAAACCAAAGGGACAAGGUCUUGACAUGCUCGAGAUGACCUUGGCUGCACUUCAAGAUAUAACUCUCGAAAAGAUACUCGAUGACCAUGGAAGAAAAAAUCUAUGGUCCGAGUUCCCACAGAUAAUGCGGCGGGGUUUUACAUGUAUUCAAAGUAGUAUCUGUUUGUCGAGCAUGGGAAGGCCAAUCUCCUAUGAGAGAGCAGUGGCUUGGAAAGUUUUGAAUGAAGACGACUAUGCUCAUUGCAUCUGCUUUAUGUUCGUGAAUUGGUCUUUCGUCUGGUUGAAGGGUUAA